AUGUACCUAUCAUCCAGAACACAAGGAAGAUUAGCAAAUCUAAUUAUCACAAUAGCUGAAGGGGAGAAGAAGACUGAAAUAGCCAGAUAAGUGCUAGCUGAGUAGAAAAUGUUUGAACCCUACACAGCUUUCAGAAGAUUAGAUUAACUUAGGUCAGGUGAGUUAACUGUUGGUGACAUCUCUGACUUUUUGGCUGAUAAUAAGAUCUACCCAACCUAAGUCCAGCUUGAAUAUUUAUUUAAAAGGUUGGAUUUGAAUCACGACGGUAGAAUCACAUACCCAGAUUUCGUUAAGGCCAUAUUACCAAAAGAGGACUCAAGAUUAAGAUAGAUCGCUUCAUUAAGAGAUAGCUAUUACAUUGAAGUAAAUAUGCUUCUCCCAACAGAAGUUGAAUGGGGACUUUCAAGAGUCUUACAAUAAGAAAUCUAAAAUUUUAAUUCAAUUACAGCAGCUUAAGAAAUUUUGACAGGAAGUGCAGAUUUUACCUCAUUAGAUGCAUUUAGAUGCAUUGAUUAAUUAUAUAUAGGCUAUAUAACAAUAGAAAGCUUAUAAACUUUCUUAAGAGGUAAUGGGGCUAAAUUGACAUUUGAUGAAUUGUAAGCCUUCUUUAGAGUAGUGGACUCUGAUGAAGAUGGUAGAAUCACUUAUUCAGAAUUAUUGGAGGCCAUUACUUUUGUGCCUGAUUAUUUCCAAAAGGAAAGAUUAAUAGCAAAUGAAUUAAGAAGAAGCAGAGAGAGAAUCACACAAUUAGAAAAGGAAAGAGAAGUGCUCGAUGAUUUACAAAGAAGCAGAGAGAGAAUUGAUGAUUUAAGAAGAAGUAGAGAGAGAUUAGAAUAAUAUUAAGACUUGUAAAAGAGUAGAGAGAGAUUAGAAGAUUUAAGAAGAAGUAGAGAGAGAUUGGAUGAUUUGAGAAGAAGUAGAGAGAGAUUAAAUCAAUUAGAGGAAUUAUAGAGAAGCAGAUAAAGAAUAGAAUAAUUAGAGGAUUUGAAAAAGAGUAGAGAGAGACAAGCAUAAAUUGAUGAAUUGAGAAGAAGUAGAGAGAGACUGGAUGAUUUAAGAAGAAGUAGAGAAAGAUUAGAACAAUUGGAAUAGGAAAGAAAGAAUAAUGAAUAAUUAGAAGAACUUAGAAAGUCAAGAAGUAGAAUUGAAGAGUUGUAAAAGUAAAGAAGAAGAAUAGAAGAUUUAAGAACAAGUUAAGAAAGAUUAGAUGCUUUGAAAAGAAAUAGAGAUGAAUAGGAAUUGAGAAGAAGUUAGGAGAGACUUAAUGAUUUGAAGAAGAGUAGAGAAAGAUUAGAAUAGAUAGAGGCUUUAAGAUAGAGCAGAGAAUAAUAGAGAGCUUUGGAUGAAUUAAGGUAAAGUAGAGAGAGAUUAGACUAAUUGAGAGUGUCAUAAAAUAGAAUAGAUUAAUUAGAGAAUGAGAGAAAAGCAUUAUAAAGGAGCAGACAAAUAGAGAGAGAGAUUGAGUACGAGAGAUAAAGAAGUAAAGAUAGAUUGGAGAGACUAGAGUUGGAAGCAUAACUUGAAAGAUAAAGAGAGAGAGCAUUGGAAUAGGAAAUAGUAACACAAAGCAAGAUUGUGUAAAGUAGAAUCUAUGACACACCUUAAAGAUUUUAUUGAUUAUUGAGAUAAUAAAAUAAAAUAAAAUUUUGUUUAAU